AUGUCUUCUUGGUCACCUAUUCGAAGAUCCCGACCGUCGAUCUGCCGUCUACCCAUAAUCCAACGGCUUCAAAUUCGCUCAUUCGAUACCCCAUCACUGCCUCCUCCUACUCCUCCACCAACGAUAACACUAACACCUCUUCCAUUCAUUGGUUCGAAGUGCGACACCAGUUUCCAGCAGAAUCGAAAUAGUUUGACACCUUUCCAACGAUGGAUCUCUGGGAUCGUCAGUGGCUCGACCAUUGGUCUGGCACUGUACUGGUAUUCUCCGGAGAAUUCUUUCUUGUCUUUCGCUGAAUCGGCAGCGGCUGUUACUACUACGCAAGCCGCAAUAGAAGAUCAAUCUACUAACCCUAAAUUUCUCUUUGGAGAUGCAUAUAGGAGAAAAAUCUUCUUCAAUUAUGAGAAACGAUUAAGGAUGCGUAGUCCGCCUGAAAAGGUUUUUGAGUACUUUGCAUCUUUCCGAACUACUGGCGGAGAAGUUUUUAUGACGCCAGGAGAUUUGAUGCGUGCAGUUGUUCCUGUUUUCCCUCCAUCUGAUUCAAACUUUGUAAGGGAUGGAUAUCUUAGAGGGGAAAGGAGUCCUGGCGAGUUGCGUUGUGCUCCUUCAGAAUUUUUUAUGCUUUUUGAUACGAAUGAUGAUGGUCUCAUAUCAUUUAAAGAGUAUAUAUUUUUUGUUACCCUACUCAGCAUCCCAGAAUCAAGCUUUUCAGUGGCAUUUAAAAUGUUUGACCUUGACUGUAAUGAGUAA